UAUUGUAUUCAUUGUUCUGGUACGAGAUCGCGACAGUUUGGGCUUUUUGAUUCUAUAAAUAGUAUUACUUGUACACUUGAAAAUUAUAUCCCAAAAAACAUUUUGUGGAUAAUAAUAAUGAACUAGCUAUUAAGUACUCAUCUAUAAUUCCACUUUGUAAAACUAAAGUGCGCGAUUUGGAUAUUUUAUAUGAAUAUUUCAUAUUCUACUUAAAUUACGGCACAUUUUCCAAGACACAUUGAAUAGUUGUUUUUAUUCCGUGUUAUUUUUGCGCGUUUAGUGACAGAGAACCUACCUAAUUUAUUCAGACGUCAUCAGCCAAUAAAAAUAACAGGGUUUGUUUGUUCAAAUAUCAUCAAGGCACCGUCGGGUGAUUUGGCGUAGGCACGACAGUGUCACGAGCUCUUAGAAGCUUUCGCAGAUCUUCAACUCGAGACCAGAAAAGCCCAGCGAAGGGUAACUGAAGCACACGCCUUUUAGCUAUCGAGAUGCAGCUAACUCCGUAUGGAUAUAAUCUUCUCGCAGGAUACAUAUUUUUUCUUAUACUUUUUGGCUGCUUUCUACAAGGGAUCACAUUGUUGAUUCUACUUAAAAAGGAGAACCAACAAAAAAGCCUGACACCCUAUCUCUUGAACAUAGUUGCCGCGAACACAUUCAUGAUUCUUGGCAGUUUCCCGACAACUCUCGUGUCGUCGUUCGCGCGUGGCUGGGCAUUUAACGAUGCUGUGUGUAAGUUCAUCGGUUUCGUCGGCGGCUGCGCUGCGACUUCCAUGAUUGCAAGCAUGCUAUGUAUCACUAUAACAAUACAUCGGACAAUUGCCAAGCAAAACGUUACCAAUCAUUUUUUGCACCAACCACCGAACAAGACCCAGCUCAAAAUUAUCAUCGGUGUGUGGAUGUAUUCUGCAGUCAUCAUGCUCCCGCCAGUAACAGGGCUCACAGAAAUGAAACUCGAAGCCGCAGACACAAACUGUGCUCCUAACUGGAGUCCAGACACUCCUGGGGACCUCGCCUACAUUCUAAUCCUGUGUGUCACUGCCUACUUCAUCCCUGUGGGUGCAUCGCUUUUCUACUACUUGCAAAUCCGAAAGGCUUUGAGUGCCCAUAUGGCUCUGGCUAUUCCAGUGGCAAGUAUCCAGGCUCAGCUCAGACGUUUUCAGAACAUCACUUAUAUGACUGCGGUGGCCAUCGCGGCAUUCGCCAUUACUUGGUUGCCCUAUGCGGUGUACGUCCUGAUUGCUGCGUUCGGCGGGUCACAUCUGUUUGAUGCGGUCAUGAGCGUGGUGCCUGCGAUGGUGGCAAAGAUGAGCAUUCUUUACAAUCCGUUUGUUUAUGCCCUGGUAAAUCCAAGAUUUCGCAAGUCGAUCAUCGACCUGUUAACCUGUGCUAAACCCUCCCCGCGACAGUGGAAAAUCGCUCCGUUUAGUUUUUCCAUUUCACGACGCAGCGGAAGACGCCCUCCCAACCUCGCCCCACGUAAAGCGCUGGAACGAACUGCGGGGAAUGCGGAAGAGAGUGUUCCAAGAUUUCUUGUGUGCGGAGAAGGUCAAAGUACAAGUGGCAGGUAUGAAAAUGGAGGAAUGGAACUUUCUAAGCAGAGUAAAGAAAAGGAAGGUCAGAUUUAAAUGGGACGCCCGCCAUGUCCUCCGACAAUGUUCUAUGAUUUCUCGAGGCUUAACUGUUGAUGUUGGUAAUAAUUAAAAUCAGGGACGAAAAUAGUCCAACGGACUUCCAAGCGGGAUAAGGAAAAUAGCAAGAGUAAUAUCCAAAAGGAUUUGUUGACUGCCACGAUUGUAAAGUUUAGUGAGGCGUAGAUAUAGUCUCGUCGUCAGGCUUUUCACCGCCGCUCUACUCAUUGGGAUUUAAAAUGGCGGACACUGUUCACUGUUGGAGGCGAAGUUAGCCGCGCAGCCUAAAGACGCCUGGGGCCGACGCUAGUGUAUAUUUGGACUAUGAUUCAAUAAACAGGGUCUGGAUGGGGGGGUCUGCAUGUCGGUAGUCAGUUAAAAUUUCCAUAAUUUGUCGGUAGUCGGUAGUCUUUGUCUUUGUCGGUCUUUGUCGGUAGUCGGUGAAUCUUAGCUAAAACGUCGCUUUUGUACGUCGCUUUUGUACUAAAUUUCAUGUAUAAACAAGAUUAAACAUUAGGGAUUGAUUAGUAAUUAAUAACUUAUUGAUAAUGAAUUAAUUAUGGAUUAAUAAUUGACUGAAAAGUUGAUGCAACAGAAAAUACAUAGUGCUGAUUCUGAAAUGGCCGAAUUUAAGUAAAUUGAUGAUGGAAGUAAAGAGUAAAAAUGUCGGAAAUAAUAAAAUGUCGGUAUUCGGCAAAAACAUUUUAGCGCUUGUCGCUAGUCACUAGUUUUUUUCAUGUUUUGUCGGUAGUCAGUUACUUUUUAAGCCGUUUGUCGGUUAACCCCAUCCAGACCCUGAAUAAACCAUGAGGCCGAAGGCCGAUGGUCUAUCCAAAAUCAUAGUCCAACAGGCCGAGAGGUCUAUUUGUUUUAGAAUUCACCAACUAGAUGGUCAAACAUAGACAAAAAAUGUUAACUUGAUUUAUAAAUAUUUGAGCAGGCGAGAGUCUACUUCAUGUAUUUGUUGUUUACGAUCGACACCGUGCAGCCAUUGUUUUUUAGGAAAAAUGUUCUAGUUUUGUUUGGAUUAGAAAGUUUUAUGACUAUUUUACACGAGAUUUUCGCUUUUAUUAAAGGUCUUGGUUUUAAUUAGAAAUAUACUUUUUUAUUCCCAACACCUGUCAUAUACUUUGUAUCUGCAGUCGUUAAUAUAAAAGGAAAAGAAACAGUAGGAAACAAUACAAUUAAAGUUGUCUAUUAUCUUGUACAUUUAAAUACUAUUAUUUAGAAAAAUUGUUGUGCGUAGUUUGAAUAUUUCUUUUAGUUGUACUGAACUUAAGUAAAUUUUCUAAGACACAUUGAA